CUAGGGAGUGCCACACAACUCCCAUUCUCUGCCUGGGCUUAGGGAUGUAGGGACAAGCUCUCUCCUCAGUCAUUUUAUUUCCUCUGCUUGCUGUUACAUUGUUUAUAAGAGGCCGGCGAGGAUUCCGAAUGGAACGUUAGGAGACAGCCUGACUCCCAAUCCCCGCCUGUAAUAGUAUUCAGUGAGCUUUUGAAUGGGAAGUUUGGCUGACAGGCAUCAGUGAAGACAGCUAUAUUACCCAUCAUGCUCAGCAGCCCAAACUGCUCUGUGGACCCUCUGGAGAUCUGAUGCUGCUGUUUCUUUGGCAAGAGGAGAGAGAAGCUGGGAUAGGGUGAGAUCCAGGGAUUGCUUUAUACAGGAUACUGUAUCAGACCUUCCCAUAAAUCCAUCAUCUCAGGCAGUGCUGCUACUGGAAGCCUUACAUAGCAGCAACCCCAGGAAAGAUGCCUCUCUUUACCACCAACCCUUUUGAUCCUGAUGUAGGUAAGUUACCCCCCACCCCAUCAGCACCUCCCACACACCAGCCUUUUGUCUGAAACAUCUGGGGUAGAAACUCUCUAUGCCCCCCUUUCUUCUAUUGGCAUGUGCCAGGCUUAUCACAGCACACACACACACAGUAUUUAUUGCAUGCUUGCUGUUACUGUGUAACACAGUGAACAUAUGGUAAUUGCUGAUGAGGAUUUGCAGUGGUCCUGACCAAGGUUUUGACACACUUCAAAAACUGUGGCCUACUUUUCCCUUGAGGGUCAUACAGAUUAUUAAUGGAAGGGUAGCGCAGAACAGCUGUAGAGUGAAAAGUCACUAUCCAGGUUUUUCACGCACCUUCGGCACUCCAGAUGUUGUGGACUACAUUUCCCAUCAUGCUCUUACAGCUGUCAUGCUGGCAAAGCAUCAGGGAAGAUGUAGUCCACAGCAUCUUGAGUGGUGGUCUGUCCCUCCACUAACAUGUGAAUUGCCUGUAAUUCAAAAGUGCUCUCUAAACUGUCGGCCAAAAUAGCGGGACUUAAAACACAGCUGUCUUGGAGACUGUUGUUAAUGUUACUAUUUUCACCUAAAAUUUUAAAUUCACUUUGAAUUCCUUACAUUUUACACUUUACAAGGUUAUUCACUGAACUCUGAAUUUCCGUGACUUAAAGGGAUACUAUAGGAACCAAAACAACUUUAGCUUAAUGGAGCAGUUGUGGUGUAUAAAUCAUUCCCCCCUAUACUCUGACUGCUUAAAGGGACUCUCCAGUGCCAGGAAAACAAACCAUUUUCCUGGCACUGCAGGUCCCCUCUCCCUCCCACCCCCCAUCCCAUGUUGCGGAAGGGGUUAAAACCCCUUCAGUGACUUAUCUGUAUCCAGCGCUGAUGUCUCUCGGCGCUGGGUCAGGGUCCGCCCACGGUCCUCCCCCGGCAUCAUCAUCCGAUGGGGGAGACCUAUUGAGCAUGCACGGCCGGCGGCGGGGGAGACCUAAUGCGCAUGUGCGGCAGUGCCGCGCACGCGCAUUAGACCUCCCCAUAGGAAAGUAUUGAAUAAUGCUUUCCUAUGGGGAUUUCAGCGACGCUGGAGGUCUUCACAUAGCGUGAGGAGGUCCAGCGACGCUAUAACACACUUUUCGUGUUCUAUGAACACGGAAGUGUCCUCUAGUAGACAGCCACUAGAGGAGGACUUAAUCCUUCAAGGUAAAUAUUGCAGUUUAUGAAAACUGCAAUAAUUACACUUGAAUGGUUAAGGGUAGUGGGAGUUGGCACCCAGACCACUCUAAUGGGCAGAAGUGGUCUGGGUGCCUGGAGUAUUCCUUUAAUUCUCUGCCAUAUAAGAGGUAAAUCACUUUGUUUAUACAGCACUAGUCACAUCUCUCUGCAAGUGAGUCUCAGAACCUCCCUACACAUUUCCUGUUAAAAGAGAUCUAAUGCUUAAACUUCCUUUUUUGCACAGUCUGUUUAAUUCAUAAUGUCCUGCUCUGUUAAUAGCCUGCAGGAGCCUCCUGUAUGUGAUUAAAGUAUAAUUUAUAGAGCAGGAGAUAAAAAAAAUUCUACUGUAAGUUAGGCUCUGAUGGAAAAUGAAUCAAUUUUUUUCCGUGCAGGCUGUGUCAGCACAACCAAGGAGUGUGUGACUAUUGUUGCAAGGACAGAAACAAAAGUGAUUUCAUUCCUAAAUGACUGAAAAUUGAGCAGUGAGACCGCAGGGACAUGAUCUACACUCCAAAACUGCUUCAUUAAAGGGACACUAGAGUCACCAGAACAACUACAACCUAAUGUAAUUGUUCUGAUGUGUAUACUAUGUCCCUGCAUGCAUUUUACUGUAAACUCUGAAUUUUCAGAGAAAAGGCAGUGUUCACGUUAGAGCCUAGAGAAGGGGUGCCCAAAAGGUAGAUCCCCAGAUGUUGUAGAACUACAACUCCCAUAAUGCUUGCAAAACAUUAUGGAAGCUAUAGUUUUAAAACAUCUGGGGAUCUAUCUUUUGGGCACUCCUGGCUUACUCCAGUGGCAGUCAUUCAUAUGGUCACUAGAAGUGCUUCCUGGGUCAGUGUUGCACAGUGUGUAGCGCUGAACUUUUCCCUUAGAGAUGCAUUGUGUCAAUGUAUCUCUAUGAGGAGAUGCUGAUUGGCGCAGCGUGGCAUUUUGCCGCGCAUGAACGAUAGCCUCCCAAUGCUUUCCAAUGGGAAAGCAUUGGUUUGGCUGAGAUCGUCAAGUGUGAUGAUCUUUGCCUAGGGGGUGGAGCAUGAGUGGGGCCUGCCGUGCCCAGACCACCAUGGCACUGAAAAAAGAUGAGUAACUCAUCUUUUUAACCAGAGGUAAGGCAGGGCCAGGGUCUUAAUUGGUAUUUAGACCUUUAGAGUCAGGAAUACACAUUAGUGUUCCAUUAUGCUAAAAUUUUUUGAUGCCUAUAGCAUCCCUUUAAAUCUGGGAAAAAUAGGGCUAAAAUAGCCUGAAUUUUGCCAUCCUGAUUUAAUUUGCUAAAAUCUGAUAGAUUGUGAAUGAGUUUGUGGGGUUAGAUUGGAAUUUUCAAAGUAGGUAAUGUCCUGAAGAUGGCUUUAUUUUCACUGUCUACACUGAGAAGAGGUUUGAAGGACAUGCUGCCAGGCUUGUUCACUAAAGUGAGAAUUGUCAGGAUUUAAUUUCAAAUUUAAGGCCAAAGUACCUGCUCUGUAAGAAAUAUUCUCCAGGUCAGCCAUGCUUUGACUUUAGAUUUGAAAUUCACUUUGAGUCCCUGAAAAAAUUUACUUCAGUGAAUAACCCAGACAGUUUUUUCCCAAGCUCCUUAUCACUUCUUCAUGCUAAAAAACAAAACAUGAAAUGUACUCCCCAUGUUAGUAGGGUAUUUCAGACGUAGACCACGUGCUCACUGUGCCUAGAGGGGUAUUGGCAAUGGCUACACCUCACUGAUGAUGCCCAAAGAAGUCUGCGGUUGUAGUAUGUCUCGUGCAGAGGGAACUUGCUGGCAUUUCGGUUCUGAACUGCCCUUCCAGGGGGGGACCAGUCUGGAAUGCUUCAGAUAUGUUCUCUCUGUAAUGGCACCAGUGAGCAAAUUUUUUAUUUUGACACCUGAGCUGGGUUUUUACCAAAGGGGAAGCUACUGAGUUUGUCUAAGCUUUUGUCUGUUCUCAGAGUUCUCAUAGUCUUUGUUUUUACUAUCGCACAGUAUGUAGCAUUUUAUGCAACAGAAGGGAAAUUUGGGUAAAUAAUGCAUUCUGCAUAUCCGCAUGAAGAUAUUUGUCCAGGAAAUCAUGCUGGAUAUAGAACAAUGAAUAAGGGGAUUCUCGUCUCCAUGUUUAACCCUAUCAUUGUCCAUGAAGAGUGUCGCUCACUGCUGUGUUCACAAUCCUUCCAAUUUAUCUGUAGUACCCUGGUAAAAGUGGGGUGUCCAAUUUAGAAGGUGAUCGAUAGAUAGAUAUCUAUGGUUAGGAAAUUAUAUGAUGGGCUAUUAAUGAAUUAUAUUUAGAAAUUCAUUGUAGACAACGUCAUUAGGAUGAAUCAGCACAGCUUUAUAAAAAAAAGUCAAUCGUAAAAUGAACUUAAUUCUGUUCUGUGAAUAGAUCAAUAGAAGUGUUUUUUUUUUUGUAGUUGUCGAUUUUAAUGCAAAAAUCCAUGUAGAUUUUUGCAGUUAAAGUGAACUAUUUGGAUUUUGUGAAGGCAUUUGGUACAAUUCCUCACAAAAUGUUACUAUUAAAAGUAAAUAAGUGCAGGUCACCUCCUCAUUGGGAGCAGGAGCUCUCUGCACUGAGCUAGCUCAGCAGUGCAGGACUUAGCUCAUUGGCUGAGAAUGAUCAGCUGAUUCUCUCAGGCACUGAGCUGGCCCUGCACGGCAUGGAAGCUCUAUGCUUGAGAUUGUGGUGCAAGAAGUGACUUGCGCCUGGCAGAUGCUAGGGAAGUUGUCAGAUCAUUAGCAAACGGUUUAAAGGACCACUAUAGUGCCAGGAAAACAUACUCGUUUUCCUGGCACUAUAGUGCCCUGAGGGAGCCCCCGCCCUCAGGGUCCCCCUCCCGCCAGGCUCUAGGGGGUGGAAGGGGUUAAACUUACCUCUUUCUCCAGCGCCGGGCGGGGAACUCUCCUCCUCCUCCACCGAAUGCGCAUGCGCGGCAAGAGCCGCUUGCACAUUCAGUCAGUCCAUAGGAAAGCAUUCACAAUGCUUUCCUAUUGACGCUAGCGUCUUCUCACUGUGAAAAUCACAGUGAGAAGCGCGGAAGCGCCUCUAGCGGCUGUCAAUGAGACAGCCACUAGAGGCUGGAUUAACCCUAUUAUAAACAUAGCAGUUUCUCUGAAACUGCUAUGUUUAUAGAAAAAAAGGGUUAAUCCUAGCUGGACCUGGCACCCAGACCACUUCAUUAAGCUGAAGUGGUCUGGGUGCCUAUAGUGGUCCUUAAACUACUUCCAAUAGGGUAGAGGAGUCAGGACACUCCUGACACUAUAACCACUGCAGCACACUGUAGUGGUAAUGGUUUAUAGUGUAUCUUUAAAUACUAUUGUAAGCAAAUAUUAACUUAGACAUAUUUAAGACCCAUGUAGGUCUUGAUUUAAAUUUAAUCCUGAAAUGACAUACAGUGCAAUUACAAAUACACAAAAAUAAGGAUUGCGCUCAGACUCCCACUACUCCUGGGCAGCAGUAAUGACCAUAGUACACAUCAGCCCCAAUACAUAUAACAAAAAAAACAAAACAAAGAAAAGCAUUACAUGCGCACUAGCCCAAAUCCCUAUGCCAUGUUUAUCAUGGCCAUGUGUAGUUCAGCCAAUAGAAGUACUUUUCAUUUAGGAAAAAGAGUAGAGUAAAAUAAUCACAAAUUGAGAACGCCAUAUACACUAAAUGUUUUAUUUUUACACAGCGUGGUUUUUUUGUUUUGUUUUUUUACACGGAAUUUCAAUGACUAUAACCUUAUUUCGUCAUUUGGGUGUCUGCGGCACUCCUUGGACUUUAAUAGCCUAUGCAGUAACCAUAAAGUCCAGUGUUUGGAGCUAAUACUGCUGAUCCUUUUACAAGUUGUCACUCUUGGGAAAUAUUUCUUGCAGUGACUAAUCCAUUGUUUGAAUCAGGUACAUACUGUGUGGAGCUUGAACCCUCCUCCAGAAAAAAUUAGCCAUUUAUUAUUGGGUUUGGCUAAAUUGUUGUUGUAUUAUUUUACAUUGAUAUGACACUUUUAUCUAAUCUUUUAAAAUUGAUUUUCAAUAAUAUUGCCCGCAAGGAAAUCUUUAUAAUUAGAUUUAGGCCGUUCCAUCACACAUACAGACAUAUUUUUGUUUUGUUUGGUUCAGAAGUUGAACAAUCACCUUAAGAGGUUAAUUGAUCUUUUGAAUGCAGAGAUAGCAUGCACUAUUUCACUGCAAAAGAUGUUUUCAAAUAAACAUACAAACGUCAGAAAAAGGUCUUAAUCUCAUUAUUAUUCUGCAAAUUUGUGUACAAUUUUUAUAUUGUUAGAUCAUUAUCUAAUUAAAUUGGCGGUGUACCACGACACUCCACUAGAGUGUGUUGUAGUGCUUAUGGUACUUGCAGUGUUCUUUCAAAGAUGCAAAGCUUGUUGUAGCAUCUACAUAGUAUCAUUAUUAUUAUUAUUAUUAUUAUUAUUAUUAUUAUUAUUAUUAUUAUUUAUAAAGCACCAGCAUGUUGUGCAGCACUGUACAACUGUGAGGAGGGGGUGGGGGGAGACUAUACACUGGACAAUACAAAUGGUAUAGAGGGCCCUGCCGUGACCUGAGAUCCAGCCAUUGACGCGCUAUUACACAAAGUUCUAGGUAGAUUAGAUUACUGUGGGGAUUUGAGACAAGAGGUAGCAGGGGGGAUUUGGAAGUGAUGUCCAGAGAAAAUAAAGUUACUACUGUUAAUGUGUAAAUGGAAUGAGAGGGUAAUUGAUUAAGAUGACGUUCAUAGCUCAUGCACAUAACCGUUUUGGUUGUAACAGAGGCUGAUGCAUGAGGGUCUAUGGAAGAUCUAGCAAAACGGCAUCAAAAAUAAGAUGUCAUAAAUGCAUUCCUGCCAUAGGAAAUGGUAAGAUGUAGCAGUUGAGGCUCCACCUGUUGCCACAUUUUGCCAAAAAUCAGGUCCUACAUGAGACAAAGUGGUGUCAUUGUCUUUUUGUCUCCUGUAUAUCUUGUGAUUUCAAAGAAAUUCCACUACAGUCCUCACGGGUUUUUCAUAACAAAUCUCUCUAACAAAUGCAAAAGUGACAACCACUUCUGUUUUGGUCAUGUUAUGCAAUAAGCCCCUUUUGAGAAGAUACACCGUUCAGCAUUUCAUUGAGAAAUUCUGUAUUGUGAUGCUUCACGAUAAGAAGUUUAUUCUCCCUGCUCAAUGGCUGUUACUUUAAAUAGAUACUCUAAGCAACAAAACAAACUUGACUUAAAGGAAUUCUAUAGUGCUAAGAAUACAAAUCUCUGUAAUCCAUUCCAAACACUAGAGUGCCUUCUGGUCCUCCCACCCCGUUAAACAUAAAUGGUUAAUACCCCUUUAUUUACUCGCUUGAUUCCAGCAACGAACUUCCUUGGUGCUGGGUCGGUGCUCUGCCUCCUCCGACAUCAGGGAGAACGCGCAUGUGCUGCAAGCACAUUAGGCACUCCCCUAGCAUUGCUUUUAAAUUAAAGGGACACUGUAUUCACCAAAACAACUUAAGCUUAAUGUUGUAAAGCCGUUUUGGUGUAAUAGUCAGACAUGGAGAUGCGACAAAGUGUUAGGUUAGGUAAACAUGCUAGUAAACUGGGUUAAGAAACUUUCAGAUACCAGUAAUACACCUCCAAGGCCUCCCGCCACUUAAUUGGAUUACAAGACAAGAGAAACUUAACGAAAAUGAAAAAUAAAGUAACACCAGGCAGCAUGUAUGCAUCUGGGUAGGGGUGUGCAUGUGUUGAGUCUCAGGUCCCUUUCAGCCUAUGCCCCUUUGGGGUAGAUCAUGGUUAAGCUGCGGUCUGUGUAUCCCAUAUGAAAGCUUAAUCGUUGCGUUGCUGCAAUGAGGUAGCCUGCUGAGUCUUUCAUGCGUCCCAUCGGUUGUUUCGUGUAUGAGCUGUGUAUGGUACAUCCUGAUGAGGGGUUGCCCCCGAACACCACCAGCCCGGCCUGAUACGAGUGUUCCCACCACUUUCUGGCUGUGCAUGUUCGGCCCUUGUCUCUCUUGCCCAUCUGAAGUUUGAGCAUUUGAGGAGUGUCGGCAGCCGGGAGCAAAGGGUCUGAGAUUUGUCUGCUUGCCAGCGUCUCCCGGGGGGAUUAGUAGGUGUGCCUCAGCCUCCUCUGCUCUAGGUUUGGUAAGCUUGUAUCUCGUGAGGCAGGAAGAUCAAUGUCUUUUCUGGAGUAGGCUGUUGGGUGCACGGCUUUUGCCAUUUUGUGGGAGACUCCAGGUCUAUGUUGCAGGAUGAAGGUGCUGUGGGGUUUCAGAGUUGCUGUAGCAGUUGGGGCCGCAGGGUGUGGACCCGGAUAACCACCACCAGUCCAGGGGGGAGGGGCAGGUCCAGGUAUGUGAAGUUUAGGGAGUCCAGCAUGGCACACCCGGGCAGGAUAGCGGGGGGUAGCGGCCGUCCACUCCACUAACCACCCGAGUAGGCCUCAUCUGGGUACAAGUAUGUCCCUUCAAGGGACUAAAACACAUCGUGCAAGCCUUGCCUUUGGGCUAAUACUUCCUUGGGUAUAGGAUCACCGUUUCCAGUCGUUAAGUGGGUAGAAGACUAGCUUUCGUAGGCUGAUAAAUCAAGAUAUUUCAGGAGCUGUUCUUGCAUGCAACCAUUCAGCAUGGCAGUCAGGCCCCGCCCACCGUGUAUCCCCUUUUAAACCAUGCAGAUGAUAAGGUCACAGUUAGAUUGGUAUUCAUUUUGUUUAUAUAUUGUACAAGAUGAAGAAGGAAAAAAAAAAAAAAAGCCGGAUGAUAAUUUUCUCCAACUACAAGAUGAAUUACAGAAAUGGCGUUCUGCUGCUCCACCACCAAUAAAGAUUACAAGGUUACACAAUUCCUAGUUGUGAGACAGCUGGAGCAAAGCGGAUGCAUGUGCUUUAUAUUUAAAUACUUUUACCCAUAGGCUGAAGACCAUCGUAAAAGCAAAAUGUAGCUAGUAAUAAAUGCUUUUAUUAAUCUUUAGAUCUUCUCUGAUAGACUAGUUGAAUAUACAUAUAUGGUAUAUCAAUCAAAUGAUAGCAAGGUACACUUUUUAGAGUUCCAAAAAGUAGCUGCAUAGGACUGGAAGCAAUAGACAUAUGUAGCAUAUUGAAGCUGUAAGCAACCCGCUGCUUCAAUCAUACAUAUAUUUCUUCCUUUGUGUCAUUCUUUUGCUUUGAAUAGUGAUUAAAGGCCGUGAAACCGUAAAUUCUCUGUAUUUAUAGAUUUGAUGGAAAAGCUGACUAGGGACGACUCUCGAAAGAACAUAAUUUGUUCUUUCCUCUUUGAAAUAUAUUAUUCUCUUCAUGGCGCCAGAUGCAAUUAACUCCCAAUUAACUUUGUGAAGAACCAUCUUUACUGUAUUAAGAAAUUGGAAAGUUGCCUAAUUAAAUUUAAGGAAUAUUUACUGAAAGUUCAACCGCAUCUGCAAAAUGAAAAGGGGUGUAAUUGGGGAAGGACAUCCAAUAUUGAAUAUUGUUAGUAAUAAACAUUGUGUCAUGUUUUAAGAAAACUGGCUGUGAUGAUUUCUGCGUAGUAACUAGUAUAUCCCAUAUUUAAUUCUUCCUAGACUUGUGCACGAAUCCUCUUUAGCUGGCGGAACGAAUCAAGUGCUUGUUAAUUGCUGGAUUAACACAUUUUAUUUUCUGGACGAAUCAAUUCCUUUGUCUGGCAAUGAAUUAAUUAAUCACAGCUGACCAGAAUUUGUGCAAAAGUCUAGUUCAUACCUGUCAAGUGUCCUUUUCUUAGGACAGUGCUAUUAUGAAUCUGCUGUUUAACCGCCCCCCUUGGCCCUGGUUAAAAAGGUAUAAAACAUAUUUUAUUUUUAUUUUUUUGCCCUGCACCUCUUCCGCUUCCUUGGCUGAGAUUAUCAAACUUGGGAAAGCAUUGGGAGGUUAAAAAAGCCCUCUGCUCCAAUCCGCUUCUCCUCGUAGAAAUGCAAUGAAUCAGUGCAUCUAUAUGAGGAAAGUUCAGCACCUCCAUGUAGAGCGUGGAGACAUUGAAUGUCAGGGCUGCACACUCUGCAACACUGACCCAGGAAGCACCUCUAGUGGCCUUCUGCGUGACUGCCAUUAGAGGUGUUCCCAGGCAGUAAUGUAAACACAGCCAUUUCUCUGUAGUUCUGGUGAGUAUAAUGUCCCCUUAACCACAGCUCCCAACAUUUAAAACUGGCAUAGAAGAACACUUUUUUUUUUUUAUAUAUUAGGGGUUUGAGUGGAGGGGUUACCAGGGGAAGGACUGUUAUGAUAAAUUUUUGUUGACUUACUAAUAGCAAUAAUGCAACUAAAAUGUAAUUUAGAACACAGACUGAUUUCUAAAUACCUUUAUUGUAGUAUAAACACUCAUUACAGGGAGUAUUAUUGUGUUGGAGCUUUGUUAUAUUCUCGGACACACCAACAAUAUGGAGUUCCUAGAAAAUAGAGCCAUUAGGACAGAGGGAUUUGGGCCCAAAAUAGGGACUGUAUUUCCUAAAUAGGGACAGUUGGGAGGUAUGCCUUAAUUAGCAGAAAUACAGGCAGGCCUGCCCUUUUGCCCUUUUUAAAUAAAUGUGUCAGGGAGAGUCGCACUGGUAGAUAAUAUAACCCAGUGAGGGUGAAAUGGGGAAAGUGGAAGUUACCAAUGCCAGUUAGUCACACCAGUUUCCAUGGUGAUUGCCCAUAUUUUAGUUUUACUUCAAACCACUUUUUGGAACAGAACACGUUGAUACAUAAGUCCCAGGGAUUCUUAGGCAAGUUCCCUUUCUGACACAUUGCACUCUCUCCUGCUCUGUAUUCCCGUUUCUUUACGUUGGUGUUCUGGAGAUGCAUUGUUUAGUAUCAAACAAUUUUUUUAAAUGAAAGUUAGAGCCAAAACAUCAAAGUACGUCAUAUUACAAGACACAGAAAGAGGUAGGAUAAAAUUGGCAAUCCUUUAAAGGAUAUAAAUUUAAAACGAUUCAUUACCAAACAAUACUUUAUUAAAAAUUUGGGAACAAUGGCUUUGAUUUAAUUUUUUGGAUACCUUUUUUGAAAUUCUCAUAAUCUGUUAGAAAAACAUCUCAAAUCAUUUAUUUGCAGAAGUCACCAUUAAAGUCAGAGGGAAUUUCUGUGGAACUUUCUAACAGAUUGUCAAUAUUUGCAAAGUGUAUCCACAGUAUUAAAUUGUAAACUAAGCUGAGGGGCAUGUGAGGCAAAAAUUGCAUGUCUAAUUAUGUUCCCCUCUUGCUACUGUCACCAGAAUCACACAUUCUGCUUUCUGUGUGAUAUAUAUCAAAGUUAACUAGUACAAAUGCAUUAAAAUACUUAAUUUGUAAACCCUUCACUAUUAACAUUUCACUGAAAUAUAAAGUGCGGAACAUGGAAAAAAGGUUAAUUAACACUGACUUCUGUUUUAAUUUCCGUCCAUAUGACAUCUAUGUGACUGUGAAAACCUGUGAUGUGAUCUUCAAUAGGUUGAGGAAGAAUUCAGGCACUAACAUAUAGAACAUUUUCAACCAAGUCUUGCGUACGACAAAACCAAUUGUUUAUCAGUUUUCUUUAUAUGAGGUUCAAUUUUCAACUCCUAUGCCAUUUUUAUUAUAGAGAAGGCAACAAGUGAACUGAACACGGCUGAGGACUGGGGGCUUAUAUUGGAUCUUUGUGAUAAAGUUGGACAGUCACGCUCAGGGUAAGCUGAAAUAAUCUGGUACUUUUCUUUAAAUAUUUUUUUAAUGGUUACUACUAUUCCAUUGGUAGAGGGGGCAAAACCUUUAAAUGUGGACACACAAACAAAUGCUCUUGGCACCAUUCUCGCGGGUUAGGGGUCACAUGUUGUGUGAACAGUAUGACUUGUCACCUGGACACCCGCACAGUUUCAGAUUUUAUAAUUUGGCUAAAGAGGAAGUUCUCAUUUCAUAUUAGCUUUGUCAAUUUUGUGCAGUUUUUUUUCAAAUCAUUCCUUGGCUGGGAGUUCUACAUGUUGAAAAUGAACUUCUCUAAAGCAGAACUACCUUUUAGGCACAUCAUAAAGGCCAAAAACAGGUUCCUGGUGUGGCCCAAGUAAGUGUGAAACGGUUCACAAAUGCUUUGUCACCAAGUUACUGCUGCCCCCAUAACUACUACAGCAAGCAGCAGUGGUUAUGGUGCUUAGAGUGCUUAUUUUACACCUUUACAUUCUUCAUCUCAAUUCCUGGGGUGUGAAAGCCUCAUUUAUGUGGUUAAGCUAUAUGUCUAUAUAGGGCAUUGUGCAGCAGGAGAGACACUGAUGGGUCAAAUAGGGGGUUGUGGGCAACAAAAUUAGUGCGAAACCAGAAUAUUUGGUCUUGCUCUGGUUCUAAAACAUGGGUUGGGUUUGGGUCUUAAGUGCAUACAGGAAAUAUUGACAGGCUUCAAGAUAUUCUUGGAACUUGUCAGGCUGAAAGUGGGUACAGAUGGGGUGGAGUUGGUUACAGAUUAGAAAGAUCUAAACCCAUCAUUCAUCCCAACUCUAUACAAGCAAUACACCAGAGUCUCUACAAUGAACUUUUUUUUGAAGACUUCUUUUAAGAUUGGAUGCCAUUGUAUACCUCCCAUCGCUUCCAUUUACAAAACCAGAAUGGGGAGUUGAGCAUUGAGCAACUCUGUGACUGCUUAUAACAGAUUAUGUAUUGAUUAAUGGAAUAUUUCUGAUAGUACUUCUUCAGGGUCAUUUCAUGAUCUUUGUAGUACAUCAAACUUUACAUUUAUAAAAUAAAUAAUAAGCUAUUAUUUAUAAUUUUUAUUUUUUUUAUUUUUUUUUCGUCUUUCCCAGACCUAAAGAUUGUCUCCGCUCUAUAAUGAAAAGAGUGAACCAUAAAGACCCCCAUGUGGCCAUGCAAGCUCUCACGGUAAGUCUUUUUCCCUGGCUUUCUGUGCUCCUUUUCUGUAGUGGUGCUAUGUUAAGUUUAAUAUUUUUUUAGAACCUAUCUCUCUGGUUUCUAUAAAUUCAUUAAAUAACAGGACCUUCUGCUGCUUUAUACAAAAUAUUUCCAACUCUUAUCAUUUAUAUUUUAGGAAACAGAGAGAAUAACAGAUUAGAGCCUACAAGCAUGUCAAAUAACGGUUACUAGACCGAUCAGGUCUAUUGCAUUCCAUCUCUUAUUACACGGAAACUCUCAGAUUUUCUAUUGCUUCUAUGACCAGACUCUCUGUAUUGGGAGUUGUAGCGCAAACACCUGAAGGUGCAUGUGUUUAUCAUCCUUGAUACAUGGCAUGGCUUCUUUUAUUUAGCAUAGUAUUGCUUUCCAUGUUAGAAAAUCAUGUUUAACACUGGUACACCGUCUGCUGUAGUGGGUCCAGUGAUUUGUGCUGAAAAAAGCAGUUUUAAGGGUAGAAAAAAAAAAAUACAAAUCUAGCUGUGACUUUAUAUUGUAUCUUACCAUAACUCCAUGUUUAGUACAUAAUCACUCGAAUAUGGAGGCCCCAUUUAUAUAAUUUGUUGGAACUGUUUUUUUUUUUCCAUCUAACCUUGAGGUACCUUGAAUAUUACUGUCAUCAUCUUCAUACACAAUCUGUACGGUUCUCUUUAGCUACUUUUUAGUGUCUUCGUCCAACUGGAUGCAAGUGGACUAUAUGAGUUUAAAAUUUUCUCUGGAUCGUCCGUUGAAAUUUCAAAUAACAUUCUGAUCAAAGUAUAAGGGAAUUAGACUUUUUCUGGUAAUAAGUUCAUUUGUAUGAAAAAAAUAACUUGUGACCUAAAUAACAAGAAAAAAAAUUAUUCCUUAUUGGACUAUACCGACAAGAUGAUUUAGGUCUGCACACCACCCCACACAGUUCCUUACUCCAUUACUAGGUCAAGCUGCAUGAUGACUUAUGUCAGCAGUUACAGCACACUAUCACCUCUACACUACCAUGGUAAAUGUGUGUGUGUGUGUGUGUGUGUGUGUCUGCGUCUGCCUGCAUGUAUGUGUUUGAUAGUGUGUGUUACUGGCAGUGUGUGUGUGUAAAUUAUAACUAAAGUGAUAUUACUAUCCAAAACCUCCUCAGAUAUAUACCUUCAUGCGGUCACCUCCAAAGGGGCCUCUGAAGUGUAUUUUGGUGUCUGUGGGAGUGUAUAUAUGUCUCUGACACUGUAUACCUGUAUGUGUCUGAGAGAGUGUGUUUGUGUCUCAGCAAUGAAUAUCUGUGUGUUUUUAUUUCUGGCAGUUGUAUUAGUAUUUGAAUAUCUGUGUAUAAAUGUGUAUGAAUGUGUAUGUACAUGCAUGUAUCAAUGUAUAUAUGACUUCAGUGAGGUGAUAUGGUAUGGUGAUAUGGUAUGGGCAACAUCAUAGCAAUGUAACAACAUAAAAUUAUCCAAUACAUACAUAUUUAUCUACAACACGGUUUCCUUGCUUGUUACUUCAUUACUGUUACUUAGUUUACUUGUUUGUGAAUUACAAGGUGGGCGCUCAGAAAUCCAUCUCUGUAAUUUCAUUAAAAAAAAAGUGUACUGCUUCUUUGUGCCCCACAAUCUCCUGUUUUGCUUACAGCCCAUGGGUGUGAGCAUAGAUGGGGUGGCCCUGGUCAAAUUCCCCGUCUCAUAAUAGUAGGAGUGAGAGCAGCAUGCCGUCUUACUCCUGCCCUAUCCCCUAGCUAUGCUGGAAUGGGGCAUUUUAAUUUUCAAAGCCAAAGAGCGUCGGCCCCUCCAUUUGUGAGCUUUGGGUUCCCUGCCACUCCUCUUAUUAAACCCUUAACUGCAUGCGUAUUUUUGGGAUUUAACAUUUAAAUGCCUCUUCGCGUAGCUAGGGCAUGCUGCCAUCUCACUCAUAAUGUUUAGGAUUUGCCCAAGCAGCAGGAAGCUAUGUUUACUGACACUUCAUUCUUAACUCUUCACUUGCCACGAACGGGUUAAGGGCUAAAAAUAAAUUAUGCUUAUCCGAAUUGCGCUACAGGACGAAACUUUUAAACUGAUUCGUUUCAUCCGCAUUUCGUUAAAGGACCACUAUAGUGCCAGGAAAACAUACUUGUUUUCCUGGCACUAUAGUGCCCUGAGGGUGCCCCCACCAUCAGGGUCCCCCUCCCGCCUGGCUCUGGAAAGGGGAAAAGGGGUUAAACUUACCUUUUUCCAGCGCUGGGCGGAGAGCUCUCCUCCUCCGCUCCUCCUUCUCUCCUCCCCGUCGGCUGAAUGCGCACGCGUGGCAAGAGCUGCACGCGCAUUCAGCCGGUCACAUAGGAAAGCAUUCAUAAUGCUUUCCUAUAGACGCUUGCGUGCUCUCACUGUGAAAAUCACAGUGAGAAGCACGCAAGCGCCUCUAGUGGCUGUCAAUGAGACAGCCACUAGAGGAUUAGGGGGAAGGCUUAACCCAUUCAUAAACCUAGCAGUUUCUGUGAAACUGCUAGGUUUAUGAAAAAAGGGGUUAACCCUAGCUGGACCUGGCACCCAGACCACUUCAUUAAGCUGAAGUGGUCUGGUGCCUAGAGUGGUCCUUUAAAGAUUGAAAUUUUGGUUCUUCCUAACAGUUUUAACAUUUCAGACAAAACACGUUUCCUUUUUUUUUUUUCACUGUGCACAAGUCUAGGAGGAACUUUCUUUUUUGUUCAACAACUAUAUAUAUAUUAUUUUUCAUGAGCAGUAAAGGUUUAGGAAUUUACUAUUCCAAUUACAUUAAAAUUCUACUUUAUAUUUAUUUCUGUUGCUCUUUUUUUCCCAGUUACUUGGUGCAUGUGUAUCAAACUCCGGCAAAAUAUUUCAUUUAGAAGUAUGCUCCAGAGAUUUUGCAAGUGAAGUUAGCAAUGUUUUAAAUAAGGUAAGAUUUGCCGUUUUAAAGGUACGUGGAAGUUUUAUAAUUUCGUGUUUUCCUCUGCUAUUUCCGUACUCUUUGUCAUUUUGUUAAACACGUAAGCUAUGUGGAGCCAUUUAUGGAUGGAUUGUAUAGGUACCCAUGGUUUGACUAUAUUAUUAUAGUCUACAAUUUUCUGCACACAUAACAUAACAGAAAAGAAUAAAUGACAACAACUGUCUGGUAAAUUGAACUCUGAAAUUGUGUGUUUGUGUGUGCACUUGUGCACAAAUAGUUUUAAUUUGGGUUCAGAACAAGAUUGCCAUAUUUUUAGAAAAGAGGCUUAAAGAGGAAUUCAUAUAUAUAUAUAUAUAUGGCGUAUGUGUUAUUAUGAAGUAAUAGUAAAUUUAAAGGGACACUAUAGUCACCAAAACAACUCUAGCCUAAUGAAGCAGUUUUGGUGUAUAGAUCAUGUCCAUUAAGUCUUAUUGCUCAAUUAGGAGCUAUUUAGGAGUUAAAUCACUUUGUUUAAACAGCCCUGGGCAAACCUCCCUGCGCGUGACUUACACAACCUUCCUAAACACUUCCUGAAAGAGUCCUCUAAUGUUUACACUUCCUUUAUUGAAAAUUCUGUUUUAUUUCUUAUCUCCUGCUCUGUUAAUGGUUCGUUAGGCCUUCAGAAGCCUUCUGUAUGUAAUUAAUGUUCAGUUUACAGAGCAAAAGAUAAAAACCUUUAAAGUAAGUUAUGUCUGAUUUUGAAAUUGAAACCAUUUUUUUUUCAAGCAGUCUGUGUCAGUCAGAGCCAGGGGAGGUGUGGCUAGGGCUGCAUAAACAGAAACAAAAGUAAUUUAAGUCCUAAAUGGUAGAGAAUUGAGCAGUAAAACUUCAGAGGCAUGAUCUUUGCACAAAAAAUGCUUCUUUAAGCUAAAGUUCUGGUGACUAGUAUAGGGUAUCUUUAAAUUAUCAGAAUAUAGAAUCAGUGUAUCCAUUAGUUAAAAGUGCUAGUAAAAGAAUAUAAUAGAAAAAAAAAUACCACUGUCGUCCCAACUAGCCAUAGCCCAUUAUCUGCCUAAUGUAAGAUCAGGGGCUUCUGGAAUAUAAACAAAAUGGUGAGUUUAUAUAACAUUUUCACGUUAAAACUGCCAAUUAGCAAUAAAUAAAUAAAUAAUACAAAUAUGCAUUUAGUUUUCAUGUCACUGUAGCUGCACAACAAAGGAAAGCUUCAGACAGAGACAAAUUGACAUCUAGAUUCUAAUUUGCUAUGAGAGAGUACAAAUUCUCAAAUAAAACCGAAAACUAUCUUUGGUUUAAAGUGACUUUAUCCUAACAGGUACCACCUAUUUAGGCAAUUAAUUUUAAAAAAAUCAUACAGACAGAUAAGAAAUAUCAUUGCUUUAGGAUUUGGCUUCACUCUCAAUGCUGGGAUUUUGGGUGUUAAACUAAUGUAACAUCCACCCCUUGGCUUCCUCCUAGCUCCCGUUCCCCUCCUCCUUGCUUGGCCCGGUUUGGGAACACUUUCCCCAAGCGGUGCACGGCUCCUUUAUAACUCCAACACGUUGGCUUAAUUUCCAGGUAGUCCGCAACUAAACAGACAGUACAAACAGUAGGCUGUCAGCAUUGAGCCGCCUACCGAGAAUUGAUUGUCAGAUGAAAGGAUGGAUGAGGUUUUAGUUUGUACAUUUGACAGCAAUUCUGUUGGCACAAUGCUGAGCUAAGAUGUUGUGCUUUCUCAUAUUAACAUAUCUUGUAUGUACCAUGAUGGGUAUUCUUUAAUAUAUUUCACACGCAAGGAAAACAAUCUCAGAUCUGACCUUAAUUCUCAGUCUAGCAGACAAAUAUAUAUCAUUGCAUUUUUGUAGAAAAACAAUCAAACUGUGCAAUUAAGGGCAUUCAAGCAAUAACCGUAUGAUGUGAGUCAUAAGAAUAUAUACUUAAUCAAUGUUUACCUGUUUUCUUUAACGGGCCCGCAGCUUAUAUAUUCUCAUUGUGAUUAAUAUGAUCAGAAAGAUGUGCUGCCUGGCUGAUAGGCAAGUGGAAUUCAGUUGUGUUGUUUAAAUGUUUACUCCAAGGACCAUGACCACAUUUUUGCGCUUUGUGCCUUGAGUCUGUAUCUGCAGCGAUCAUAUACAGAAAUUAACCCUUUUUAUUGUUAACACCUUAGGGAGGGCGGGGACGCAAAUCAGCACCGAAACCAGUGUUUUAAGAAAUAAAUGUUUUGGUUUUUUUUUGGUUGAUGUAACCCUUAAAUUAAAACAAAUGUGUGUGGGUUUCUAUGUGGUUUUUGUUUAUUUUUUUUACACUUUGUUAUAUUAUAUUAUAUUUACACUUACGUCUAUUGCAUUUUUUAUUUUUACUGUUUCACACAGGGACACCCUAAAGUCUGUGAAAAGUUAAAAGCACUAAUGGUUGAAUGGGCUGACGAAUUCAAGAAUGACCCACAACUCAGUUUAAUAUCCGCAAUGAUAAAAAAUCUGAAAGAGCAAGGUGUGACCUUCCCAGCGAUUGGUUCACAGGUAUAUUAAAAAAAACAAAAAAAAAAACCUUGUUAUAAGCAGAACAAACCACCCUGUUUUGAAACAGCCAUCCGUUUACAUCAACAUUGGCCAACUGGCUUUUAGAAAUGCCUUCCUCUAAAUAAGUUGAUAAAGUGAUGGCUUUGGACUUUUUCUUAACUCCCUUUAUAGCAAUUCUUCAGUACUAUAUUGUGUGACUGUAAUAUGUACAAAAACCAUUAAUCCCUUAAGGACCACAUGUUUUGCCUUAUGUCAUGGUAAUCUGGUUCCUAAAGACCUUAUUCCAGUUUGGCAUAUUCUGUUUAGUUUUAAAAGCUCAAAUGAGCCAUUAAUUUGUUAAAUGAAUGGGACAUUCCAUUUUGGAAUAAAAUAUUGAAUGAACAAGUUAUCGCUGCAUAGACCAUUGUUGAUCCUUAAGUGGUUAAAAGGUUGAAAUAAAAUUGCCAUCUUGUUGUGACUCACUUUAUUCAGAAUGUUCUAUCUCCCACUGAUUUCUAUCUAUAGAAGAAAGGCAAGGCCUAAAGGAAUUAUUCACACUGCUCUAUUGUAUCCUCACCACAGGCUGGAAGGCUUUUGUUGUUCACCUGAUUCUAUAACGCCAUCCCUAUGACACGCAUGGCGAUCCCUCCCUCUGUGUGCAUGGGUAUUACAAUCUGUUAAAUCAUAUAGUUUAUGUAUAAUAAAUGUUCAAAAUUAGGUACCAGCUGUGUAGCUGAUGCUCUCUAAUCGCUAGAUUUCACUUACACUAAUGAAAGCCAGGAACAAGGAGCGGUAGCUGUAAAGGAUUCAUAUUGGGAUUGUAACUUUCUGGCGAGCCUUGUUACGUUUCACCCUUUAUUUUGUUGUGUGACAAGGUAUCUGAAUGAUCUGUUCACCUAUUUAAUAUUAAUGUGUACAUUCCAACAGUGCCAAUUUUUAUAUCCCAUUUUGCUUUUGGGAACACUAGUGAAAUGUCUCAAAAAAGCCAAUGAGCGCUCAUAAUUAAACAUGCAUGGGCUGCACAAAGUAAAUUCAGGGUAUUGAGCCCACGAGAGAUUGCUUCAGAAGGUUUCUGUGCAUGUGCCGCCUUGAGUGGGACUGGCAAGAACCACUGCCAGUCAACCAGGCAGACAUGCCCACUUUUCAGGUGAACUCCUCUUUCGUCACUGCCACCUUGUCACUGUCCUGGAUAGUUUUCUGCAUACUUAUUUUAAUAAACAGUUCUUCAAUCUAAUGUUUCCAGUCCUAUUAUAAUUUGAAUCAGCCUAUUCCUUGAAAAAAAAAAAAUGAAAAAUUAGAAAGUCACAUUUUUAUUAACUGUAAUAAAAUAAUCCCUUUCUUUUUAGAUUGUAAUUUUACAAGCACUGCACCUAAAACCAAAACUAUCAGUCACAUUAUACUCUGUCAUUCCACUCACUCAAUGUAUUCAUCUGUACGGAAUACGGAAUCUGUCUAUCUAGAUAGAUAUACCUAUCAAAGGAAGCAUGCAUGUAUAUGUGGGGGAAUAAAAACCUGCAAAAGCUGCAGCCUUUGCAAGCCAUCCCUUCUUUCCAAGGUCAUAUAAUAUGCCGAUCAGCUCACUGAGAGGCCUCUGUGUUGGACCCACGAGCACAUACACGUUUGCAGCUUUCCUAUGCUUUUUAAUUAAGCUCUAAUAUAGCUCAUUGAGAAUGAGGGAAGGUCAACGAGUGCUAGACUAGCAUGCCUGCUAAUAACGUUGGCUCCACAGACCUGUCUGAGUGACCGCCAGGGAGCUGUUUCUGCCCUCAAUUAUAAAAAUUACAAUUUCCAUUGAAAUUUAGAGUCUGUAUUCACAUAUUAGAGAACAUGCAGGAACAUAGUAUGAAAAGAAGCUUUGAAUGUCAUGACUUAUUCUGCCAGGUUGUGAUUUCAAACAUGUUUGCUCAUUUGUGGCUUGUUUUUUCCUUGUCUACUAGGCAGCCGAGCAAGCCAAAGCAAGCCCGGCAUUAGUAACAAAAGAUCCUGGAACUGUCACAACUAAAAAGGAAGAGGAAGACCUUGCAAAAGGUACAGGAAAGUGCAAAAUGCAAUGAAAAAAAGUAAUUAUUCUAGUGUUUCCUCCUGUUGUUGUUGUUAUUAUUAUUUAUUAUAUUUUAGUAAUUGACUUUUCAUAAUAGGUUAUGCUAUAUUUGUCAUUUUUGGCACCUCACCAAGGCAGGUUAUGAUUUAGUCUGCAUGCAGUUAUGUUAUUUAAACAACAAUAAAGAGUCCACGGCUAAUAUAAAGGAAUGUUGCUAUUAUUCUGAAUUAUUUAUUUAUGUUUCCACAAUUGUAAAGCAUUCUAUAAAUAUACGGACAGACCAUGGCAUAUGGACUCACACAGCCUUGAAUUCAUGUUGGACAGGCAUCAACACAUUCAUUGUCACAUUGCAUGUACAUUUCUUAGAAAUCUUGGCCUGUCGAUUUAGUUUCUCCUGAUUCAUGAACAUGUCUUUCUUUUCAUUCCGCAGCUAUUGAAUUGUCACUAAAAGAACAAAAGCAACCAGGGACAACAUCCACUCUGUAUCCCAGCACGAGUUUCCUGACCAGUCACAAGCCCGAGGGCAGAAAAGUGCAGGCUAUAUACGACUUUGAAGCUGCUGAGGACAACGAACUGACGUUUAAAGCAGGGGAAAUAGUCACCGUGCUGGAUGACAGGUAUGGGCCCAUGCCGUUGGUAAUGGAACAAAAACAACAUGCUAUCCAUUUACGUAUGCAGUACUCUGCAAUCUAUACAUUGUACUGGUAAUCUUCAGCCAGCCGUAUGAUGCCCACAUACUGGGCUAACGAUAGACGUGAUCUAUGUAGCCUGUUCUUAGAGAAAAUGUAAUGUAUAACUUGUUAUUAUUUCAGUGACCCAAACUGGUGGAAAGGUGAAACCCAGGAUGGAAUUGGAUUAUUUCCUUCUAAUUUUGUCACUGCUGACCUGACUGCCGAAUUGGAUAUGAGUAAGUAUAAGAAAAGAAGAAGGGGGAAAAAAAAACCUACUGGAUGUUUCUGAAAUCCAAAGCUGUUAGAAUCCAUUUAUUUAGGAACGUUAAAACCUUGUUGUGACUCUUAAAUUGUGUGAUAUUCAUGGUCUGACUUUUAUGAAUAACUCACCACUUGCAGUGUGAGUGUGUGUGCCGAGCUAGCACAACACCAGCAAACCUCUAAAGUAAGUAAAACUACAGUCAUUAAAUUACAACUACAGAACAUAAAAAAUAAUAAUAAAAUAUAUAUACGGGAUGUUAACCCAAGUGACUUAUAGCUUACAAACCAGGUAUUAAACAUACCGGUUGGGGCCCAGUGAAUGUCCCAUGUGCAAUAUGAUGACAGUGAAUCCAAUAAUCAGAGCCUUUUAAUGACUACUGGACAUUGGAUAUUUAUAUUAGGUGAGCACAAAUGAGAUGGACAAUCUCUAGUCUUGUAUCAAUAAUGUAAGCCAAGAAUUGGUUAUUAACCCCAAUAUCCUAAGACAUCAAGGGAUGGUGGUUGAUUGAAGCAAUAGUGUGUAUGUAUACAUAUGUUUUAUUAUAAAUUUGUUUACUGGCUGACACUUGCCAACAUUCACGCUUAUCUGCAUUUGAGUGCAUCACUUUUUUUUUUUUUUUUAUAUGUAAAACAAAUAUUUUGCUUAACGUUCUAGGAAGAGGUCAAUACUUCCUUUUCAUAUGUAGUGUUUUAAGUUUCUAUUUGAAUAUAUUUUAAAGGCUAUGUCUUUGCUGAGCUGGCUGUUCUAGAUCAGAACACAUAAGAGAACCUGAGGCUGUUUGCAAUGAUCAAUUCUUAACCUUCAUGAUAAACUGUAUAAAGUCUAGGAGUCCUUGGUUACGUGGUUCUGCAGUCUCAUGGUAAUUGCUGUUUAUAUAAAGGAAGGACAGAUUUUUGGUAUUCUUAACGUGAGCUGCUUCUCACUGGGAACUGAAGGCGGAUUUUAAUUACCUGCAGUAAUCUCUGCUAAUUGAAUACAAAUUCUCCCUUGAUAACACAUUCAAUUACAUUUCUUGUCCAAAGAUGAUAUUUAAACAUUGGUUAGUGAUCCAACUGCUCGCAAUUAUCUGCUUUAGUGAGCAGUCUGUUUACACUUGGACUGCCAUAAAGACUCAUUCAAAUCAAUGGACGUUCAGUUACAUGUAAUGACCAAUUGACCGUUUUACCACCAUCUAUUUUGACACCGUCUCAUUUUUACUCCCUGUCUGUCUGUGAUGAUUCCUAUCUCUUGUUCAAAGUGCUGUAGCUUGCAUUGGCUGUUAAAACAGCAACCCAUAGUAUGGGGCUGGAUGUUAGCGUUCCAGUUAUGCUAAAUAUGACUUGGUGCCGCUUUUUAGGGAGUAAAGUGUUUAUAUCAUGUAUCAAUUGUGCUAUUCAAAAUGCUAUCUAGCGUAUAGAUGACAAAUGAUUUGCUUGUGCAUUUUUUUGAUUUAAUAGAAUGCCUGAGAGAGAAUAAAAGAGUUAUGGAGAUCUAAAAAGGGAAAUUAUAGGCCAAAAGGAGCAGAAUUGUAAAAAUACUUUUUUUAUUUAUUUUUGUAAUUUUUUCUUUAUUCCUUGCUUUGCUACCAUGUGCAAAUUUCUUGUCAAUGAUACUGGCAGAGUUAAAUAGAUUGAUACAGGACUAGAUAUACACACAAAUAGAUAAAUAGCCAUUUCCUUUCCGUUCUAGACCCGUUCUAAUGCCGCCAUGGGUGAGAUUAAAUACCUCUAGCUGCUAGCUAUAAAUAUGAAGAAAGCUUGUCCCAUUUACUGACAUAGUGGAUCUGUCUAUCAAUGUUAAGAUAGGGUAACACAGUUCUGCAUUCCUACUGCAUGUGGCGGACAUUGGAGCUGCAGGCCCUAGAGGUCUGAAAAUAGACCAGCUUUAUUUUUUAAUAAAAAAUUAAAAUAAUAAUACAAACUACUUCUCCAUGGGUUAAAUGUAAUCAUUUCUGAAACCUAUGCAAAAAAAAAAAAAGCGUACAGGUAAAUGGUGAACAUGGGUAAACUUUCCAAUAUUUCAUUGUGGUGCUUCACAUUGUAUUGUUUGUGACUCCUAUACAGAAAUUGUUGGGGUUCAUUCAUUCAUAUGCUGGUACUUAGAUGCAAUAUGUUUAUCGGUGUUCCCAAUUACCUCGAUCUAUUGGCACCUAUAUUUAUUUCAAUAUUUAGCUAUUGUUUUUUUACCAAUUGCCUGUUGUGGUUUUUAUUUUAAUUUGUAUUUAAUUUUUCCUUUUAAAAGCAACAUGCCUUUGUCUUGUUUCCAUUUGCGUUUCCUCACAAUGAUGCCAAUUAAAUGGUUUUCGAGUAUGUUUUAACUCUAGAAAACAACGAAAGCCACAAUGUAGUUCAUGUUUAUGAUUUGUUUUUUUUUUGUUUUGUUUUUUUCAUUCGAAAACCAAUUUAUUUUUAGCUUCUCAUGUUUACCAAGAGGCAAUGAUUUUGAAGGUGACUGCACUUCAUUCGUCUGUUUCUGUCUGUCUCUCUCCCUGUUAGUAUCUGUCUGUGUCACGCUGUGUUGCAAUCGAUCGCUACCUGUUUGUCGUAUAUAACUCAUGUAAAAUGUGUGUCUGUCUGUCUGAGAUUUGCCAGGUGCUGUAAAUAGAAAAGCAGGUCCAAUUUCUAAACUCUGAGUAAUGAACUUUGAUGUAAACACUGAUGUAAAUGUCAACGUGGUUUUUAUUUCUUUCAGUGAAAGUUGAGAAGAAGACAGUCCAGUUUAGUGAUGAAGUGCAGGUGGAAACCAUAGAACCAGAACCUGAGCCUGUUUAUAUUGAUGAGGUCAGUGCAAUAAAUCUGUGUCAUGUACAGACAGUCUCUCUGAGUCCAACUAUUGUGGACUACAACUACAUCAUACGCCAGUCUUUUAUAAUCAUGGGACUGGUUCACACUAACCGUAGGAAAUUCCCCUUUACAUAUUGGAAAUUAAGGUCACCCAGCUCUAGAUUAUGCAAAUACAUACAUCAGCUGGACCUGCCUGCAUCCGAUAAAUGUGAUAAUUUCCUAAAUAAAUCUACAGUUAAUGACAGCUUGAUUAAAUUUAACGAAUACGCAUUUGAGACACUAGAUUUUCAAGGGCAUACUGAUAUUCGUUUUAAUACUCCAUAAAAUAUAUUGUGAUAUGGUCUCUACAUUUUACAAAGUUUUGAUGAUAUGAGAGACGACCUUCCCUGCGACAGUCUUAGGAUAUUACUCUUGUAGGAUUUUUGUUCGGUCCAUAUCGCUAUUGUUAAUAUAUAUGUUACAUUGAAGUGUCAGUUUUAUGUUUCAACAUUCCAGUACACUUUUUUUUUUUUUUUUUUUUUCAGGUAAGUUUUUAAACUGAUGGUAAACAGUUUGUCUACUUAUACAGGGGAUCAGGGGGUGCUAGGACACUCUUGGCAUUCUAACCAAGCAGUGGUUAUGGUGCUUGGAGAGUUCCUUCAAUAGAGCUCAUUUUAUCGGUAUAGAUUAAUUGGAUAAUUGAGAUUUUUCAUGUACUGAUGUCCACGGCCAAUCCAGUUCUAUGUGAAGGCUUAAAGAGGAUCCUUCACCAAUGCUGAUAACAGUGAGUUGCUUGCAAACUGCAUUGAGAGCAGUCCUGGGUUAGUGAACUAUACAGACUCUUAGGGGAUUUUUCACUAAACAGAGAAUGGUAGUGAUAGGAAGACUAAAUUACAAAGUUCAGGCUCAAAAUGCCAAGCUAUGACUGUAGCAGAGUUGUAGGGUUUUUUUUUUUCUCUAAUUGGCUAUUUAGGCCUACAUUCUGCAGUUUGUUUUUUCUCCACCCUUCACUGUUUAGUGAAUAUACCCCAUUGUCUGUGAUUAUUAAAGUUUUCAACAUUCCGGGCUGGUGCUUAGAGAUCAGAGUGUUGUGAAAUGCAUUUCAUCAAUUUCUCUAAAAUAUUGUCUCACCCCUGUUUUGCCCCAGAAGACAGAAUUACAAAAGACUGGUUCUUGUAACUAUUUAUACUGUGGAUGUACAGUGUAUUUCCAUAGAUCAGAGAAGACCAGGUGAUAAUGGAUAUAUUCUUUAAUAUUUUCAAAGGAAAAAAUGGAUGAGUUGCUGCGAUUGCUUCAAAGUGCUGAUCCUACAGACGGUUUGCCAGACCCAGCUGAUUUACUUCAUCUAGAAGGUGAGUUUAUUUUUUUUCAUUUUUUUUUUUUUUGCCUAAAGGAAUUCCUAACAAAGAUGGGGUAAUUAAUGUCUCUAAUUCAGUCAUGUGAACUUUUGUUUUAGUGAAGUCUGAAAUGUUUGGCUACAUACUGUGAGAUGGCACAUGACUCUGGUGAUUACUGUGCUUAGACCACAUUUUUAAUUUGCAAUGUGACUACUUGUAUCUCAUUUGUAUAAGAUGCAUCAUCAUGAUGUCUCAAGAGGAUACAUGACUCUAUUGAUUUUUCACGUACUGAAAUAUCUGCACCCCCGGCACAUGUGAUUCUGCUAUGGGCUGCCUAAUGUCAGUUCUGUGCAUAUAAAACAUCUGUCAUCCAUGCACACUGCAAGCUGCUGACAGACCUAAAGACAGAGCACCUGCAAGGGGAAGAUAGCUCUCCCCUCCCACCCUCAUUGUGCUUCCUCCCACCCUUCCUGGGGAAGUACGGGCAAAUUCCUUCUCCCUCCCUCCUCUCCACUCCCUCUUCCUUGCCGGCCCAGAGUUUGUGCCUUUGCUGGGAACCAACGAAAGAGUCCAAUAAUGGGCUUCUGUAUGAAAAACUUUUGAUUAGACCUUGUGCAGAUGCCCUGACAUUACAAAGAGCCCAUGAAAGCGUGAACUUCGCCUGGCGCUGGAUUCAAAAUAAGUAAAAUUUCUUUUAAAACAGUUUUCAUGCGUUUUGUGUUGGGUGGGGGACCCUAUAGAAUAUUGUGCAAUAGGGCACUAUUCAUAGUUGGUAGGGAGGAGGGGUUAAAGAAACCCUUUAAAGUUGAAAUUCACUUUGAAUUCCUGACAAUUCUCUCUUUAGUAAAUAACUCUGUAAAUGCUGUGCAAGCUCUUGCCCUGGCACCCAUGACAUUUGGAAAAGACCCAGCAUCAUGGGAGUGGUUGUUUCCAAAUCUCUGGAACAUCAAGAUUAGCUACUACUAAUAGGCAAAUGAGAGUUCUACUUACCUGUACUUGUCACUUGCGGCUACCUCCAUCCUCUUCCAGCCGAUCCUCUUCUCUGCUUCAGCUGCCAGGAACCAAUGUCACUGCUGUGCUGAUCCCGCGAGACCUGCAGCUGUCUGCACCUCUGCCCAGUGUCUAGAAGUGUCAGGUGUAGGAAAAAUAGUCCCUACUUUGUCUUAGUAUAUCUUUUGACUGGGUUAGAAUUUCAGUGAAAUUCCAGCACAGCCAAUGAGUAUUUCAUAAAGAUUGAAAAAAACAAGAUAAUGUGGUAUCAUCUAAAACGUAUCUUUUAUUUCUAUAAAAUCCUAAAAGCUAAUUGUGUGUGUGUGUGUGUGUGUGUAUAUAUAUAUCUAUAUCCAAAACUCUUGCACUCCAACUAAAAGUAUUUGUACCUAGUGCUCUGGUCACAUAAUGGAUAAUCCCAUACAAAAAUACCGGCACUCCAGGUUUUGAUAAGUAAGAUCUUCUUUAUUCUAGUAAAUCCAAGUAGUCAACGUUUCAGCUCUUAAUCAGAGCUUUCAUCAGGACAUUAAAAAUUAUAUAUAUAUAUAUAUAUAUAUAUAUAUAUAUAUAUAUAUAUAUAUAUAUAAUGUUACGAAAAAAAGUAAUAUUUCCUAUGUUUGUAAUGAGGUCUAAAACCUGUUGGUCUGGUGGUAGACCAAAUUAACGUGAGGCUAAUGUCUCUAUCUUUAUCAAAUACUCUUUUGCUGGGGGUGGGUGACAUGCCUCUUUAAAUGUAUUUUUUUUUUUUUAUGUAUUUAUUUGAGUUUGAUAUUUUAUCUUUAAUUCCAGCUGCUUGUCACCAGAUGGGGCCAUUAAUAGAUGAGAAGCUAGAAGAUAUUGACAGGUGUGUAACGUAUUGCUUUCCUGUGCAUACAUUCAUACAGUGUACCUUUCAUUAGCGGCAGAGAUAUCGAUCUGUUUGUGCUUAUUUAAUUCUCACAACAUCAAUCCAGUGAUUUUAGCUCAUCGAGACUAUUGAAUCAUCCUGUGCUUUUCCACUGACUCCUGUUAUACAAACCGUCAGAUGAUGUACUUUACUUUCAACAGUCAUUGUGUGCGGAUAGAUUAUUCUGUGCUGCGUUUAGCUGAAUAAUUUCCGUAUUUCAAGGUAAUCUAUAAUGACUGUUCCUUAAAACACAUUCAACCAUUUAACAGUCAAAUUGUAGCUCUUCAUGGUUUAAUCGGUGGGUUGGGUAUCGUUUACACUUAAAGCUUUUUGUAAGUCUCAGUAGAUUUUUUAUAUUUGUUUUAAUUAAUUUUUUUUCUUCAUAAAUGGCAAUUAUAUUAAUUACUAAUGCACUGUUACACUAUUCUAUGUGCGAUUUGAGAUUUAAUCUCUUCGUAGCUGUAAAUUGCUCUAAAACAAUAAUACAACAUUUUUACAUUUCUUUCUUUGUUUAUUUAUGUUUGUUAUCCAUUGUUGAAAAUACAUAAUUGUAGUAAUUUUGCAGCUUUCAGUCAGUGCUGAAGCAUACAAGACUGUUUUGAGCUCCCACCUGUUAUUCUUUUAAAACACUUUAUGAGCAAAAGAGCAGUGAAAUCAUUAAGAAUUUAAUCUUUAUAUCAGGGUGACUAAAAGGUAGACCCCCAACUGUAAAGAACAGCUAGGUAGCUGCCCCCUGUUAGAGAUUUGUAUAAAAGGUCAAUUCUUUAAAUGCUUCUUAACUGGUCCACUGAAAAAUGUUAAGAAGGAAUACCAACCCCCUUUUUGUCCAUGCUCCCUAAUACAACCAAUGGACUAUGGACCAUAAAACACUGUGAUGUCUCUUUAAGUUUUCAGUCACAUGUUCUGUCUGACAGGCCUAUAUACAAGUCUAGAUACUGUUUUUGAGAAUUUAGUACAGGUCAUCUAUUUAUUUAAAUGGUAUUUAAAAUAGAACUUUAAUAUUACAUUAUUUUAAUGUAUCCAUUAAAUAAUAAAACCAGAAACGUUGAUGCUGUAAAAUGUUUUAUUUUGUUAAUUUCACCUACAUUGCUAGGGACAGGGACAUUAAAGCAUUCGGAAUAUAAGAAUUUGUCUUCUCUGCACUUUUAAGGGGUGCACACUAUUGUUUGUGCGCAUUAUACAGAAAUACACCAACUGCAUGUUUCUUGUUAAAUGUCACAAACACACAGAGGUAAUAUUUUAAUGGUAAAGUGCAUAUUCCAAUUGAUAUAUAAAUGUUUUGUAGUGAUUUUAGGUGAUUACACUGUUUUAAUUACAAUAACCACCUCUAUUGGACGUGGGUUUCACACCAAUCCCCUAUUUUUUUUUUUUUUCUGUCUUAAAAAAAAUAAAUAAACAAUCUUUAUUAAUAAUAUUUAUUGUGUAUUAAUUACUCUGUUUUUCAGGAAACAUUCAGAAUUAUCAGAAUUAAACGUUAAAGUAAUGGAAUCUCUCUCAUUGUAUACAAAGUUGAUAAAUGAAGACCCAAUGUACUCCAUGUAUGCAAAGAUGCACCCACAGUAUUACGUGCAGCCUGCCACUGGACCUCCCCAGCAGGUACGUUAAACUGCAAGUCAGUUUCCAGUGUUUAACAAAUCUGGAUUUGUUUCCUGGAGCUCCUACUCACUUCUCAGAGUAGUGAACAAAGGUUUUAAUAUAGCAUUCUAAAUGGGACACACAUUCUGUUAAAGGGACACCGUAAAUAUACCUUCUCCACCCAGGUUAAUCAGCUGUGAUGUGGGCUAGAAAAGGUUAUAGUAUUGCUGGUCUGUCUAUGUAUUGGCUUCCAGUUGCAGCUACACUCCUGAUGUCCUCACCAUCACUCCACCAUGUAGAUUGGCUCAUUCUGAGCUGCUAUUGGCAUUCUAACACUGCCCUCUUUUUGGUAAUAAAGCAACAUAAUAUAUUAGAUAUUUACAAAGCAUAUUUUUGCUGAAAUAACCGUACACUAAAGGAGCCAAUAAACACCAGCUAUUGACAAGGGUCUGGAAUUUUAUAAAUAUUGAAAGUGCCCAGUCCUGAAAGUGUAACUUUAAGCACCCAUGACCAGUUCAGUGAUUUGUUUUGUGGAGUCUGUAUGUGCUGUGUUUUUCUAUGAAAUGCCUUACAUAAGAAGUUUAACCCCUCUGCUCCUGGACGUGCAACUCCAACGCAGGCAGCGUCAUUAGCUUGUCAUCAGCCAGGCUAGGACUCGAGUUCCAGGCUAGCUAGUGUCACUUCUGUGCAACGUUCAUUAAUUUGCUGUGAGGGGACAGCUAAGGCUCUCAGGCAAUGAAUGGCGAUAGGAAUGGCUUAUGCAGAUCUACAGCUGCUGGAAGAGCAUCACCUGACUGUCAGGGAACUUUUGCCUCAUUACCAGCAACCAAGCCAGGGUACUCCUCAUAUCAUACAGCAGGCUGUAGUUGUUAUGAUGACUGGAGUAACUCUUUACAGAAUAGAAUGACCAGUGAUAUAUACAUUGAUAACUACGGCUAGCUGUUUAUUCCAUUUGUGUGGGCUGGGGUCCAUUAAAUGUGAUUUACUGAGUGAACCUAUCUGCAAACCUUGUAGGCAACAGUACGUGAUCUUAAUUGAAAUGCAAACCUUUGGCGGUCCAACAGAUAAUUUGUUGGUAUCCAUUGAUACUGUAUGCAAUUCACUGGCUGAGAAUGCUCAGUAAUGUAAUGGAAAAAAAAAAACAGUAAAAUGUCAACUAUGCACUGCAUUCACCGAUUUUUAUUUUUUAUUUUUUUUAUUUUUCUUCUUCUUUUAGCCAUAUCCUCCAGUGCAACAUCCAAACACAGCCUACCUUUUUGUGUACAUACUACUCAAUUUCAACUGCCGUCUAUAAGUCAAGGGUGUGUCCCACAUCCUGCUCCGACAGAAAUGCCAAGCCAGUUACCUCAAGCUUCCUAUAAGUAAUGUGAAUAUUUUUUCUACUUAAGCGGUACGGUACCUAGAUUUUUAUCACUCUCCUAAACUUCUAAAAUGCCCAUAAAUAAUGGUGAAAAAACGAAAUAUUUUGAAAAGAGAAAAUAAACCGUGCAUACCUCCUACGUAUCCAUCUUUUCGUUCGGUGUGUAUUCGUGUACACGGCAGAACGUCUGCAGUAAUAUGCAAUGGGUGAAUGAGAUGUUUUCACAGCAUCGAAACCCUUCAUAAUUUGGAUUGUGUAUAAGUGCAUGGCAAAGCAAUAAAACACACUGUGUGUUUGUGUGUGUCAAAGUGCUCCACAGCCAUAUAACUCACAGUAUCGUGUAGUGUUUGAGUAAAUCCUAGAACUCCACAGCAAAAAAAGGUUUAUAUAAACUGUUACUUAUUGCAUUUUAAAGUCGCCUAAAGCUUCUGUUGAUGCACCCACAAGCCAUGAUAUCUGUCUAUAUUCCUUUUAACAUUUGUGGUGGUGGAGGAAUGUAUAUGUGUGGAAUAAAAAUGCAUACAAAAUAACUACAUCAGAAACAAAUAUCAUUGUGCCCACUUUUGUUUAUUUUGUAUCUUCUUGUAUGCUAUUUAAUCACAUGACUUAUUAUUACUAGUAGUAUUUAUAUUGCGCCAGCUUAUUCCGCAGCGCUUUACGAUAAAAGGGGAAUUUAACAAAUGAGACAAUGACGAAGUGUAACAGGAACAAUAGGUAGUUGAGAACCCUGCUCAAACGAGCUUACAGUCUAGAGGAGGUGGGGUAUAAAAACACAAUAGGAAGAGUAUUGAGACAGACAGCAAAUAGACAUGGUGGGAAAGUAGCAGAACUGGAGGUGAGAGUGGAGUGUGGCCCUUUAGGAGAGAGCGAGAGGAAGGUUUGAGAGAUAGAAGUUACUCUUGGAGGCCAUAAGCAAUCCUGAAACGAUGGGUUUUGAGGGACUUCUUAAAGGAUUGAAGAGUCUGACCGGGAGUAGGCAGGCUGUUCCAAAAGAACAAAGCAUACAUCUGUAUGCAUCUCUGUGCUAAAAACGGUUUCAGGAGGCAACUGAUAUACACAGAGUGAUCUUAAAUCUUUUAUGAAUAGGGAGAGUUAACUCAUUUAAAAUUCUAUUUGAAUGAUGACAAAAUAGAAAAGAACCUUUUGUUCUCUCUACUGCAUCAGUGUGGCUUAGCUGUUUUUUUUUUCAAAAAAGUCAUUUGUAUGCAGCCAUAUAGCCGUACUUGUAUUUUGCACAGCAUUCCCAAGUGUGUAUGUAUCUGCCAUGCAUUGAAUUUGAUUAUCUGUCGAUUAAUCAUAGUAACAGGCGAUUUUUUUUUUUUUGAUUUUUUUUUAAUAUAUACUUUUUGGUUUUUGUUUGUUUUCUUAAUUAUUAUUUUAUUCAUGUUUUUCAGUUCUACAGUAAUUCAUUCAACUCCAGGAAACAAAUAUGUCCACCAGUCUGCAGGAUACAGCCCACAUCCUGCUACCUCCGCUGCGGCCAAUCAUACGAGUGCUUAUCCGGCUGGUAACAUUAUGUCUGGUGAUCCAAACUAUACAACGACUUCUUCAGCUUCUUCUCUUCAUCUAAACGGUCAACCACCAAAUUACCCUCAGAAGGCUCUACUAUAGGUCUCAGAUUCCAAGCUGUAUAUUUUAAUAACUAAGUACUUGAUGGGUACAUCAUUCCCUACUUGCACUCUACCAGUCUAAACACACCCCAUCAAGUAUUCUCUUCUUUUAAUUAACCUUGGCCUUUCACUUGUCUCAACACAAAUCAUUUUUGUAUGACACAUCAUGUGAAAAAAAUUAUCUGAAAUUGCCAAAACAAGGAAUCUUGGGUUUGGCUCAUUGCAGAAACAAACAUUUUGGUUAGACUGUUGUUACCCAUAUAUUGGGUCGGUUGUAACACAGUGUCUAUAUGGUUACAGUAGCUCGUCUACGUGACAAUGUCAUUAUAACUGUAAGUACGUUCACAUCUCUCACGAAAACCCCGGUUAACAGCUCUUGAUAACCUAAAACAUCAAACGAUUUAUUCGUUCAAUUUUUAAUUUCUGCCGGUACACAUGCUGAUUCAUAAGAGCUAUAGUAGGUGCUGUUAAUUUCUUUUAUUAACGUUUUAAAAUGAAUAAAAUUAAAAAAAAGACGAGAAAUUGUAGUGGAGCUAACAUAUCCUGGAAAAAUUAGUUUUAAGUCUCAAAGUGAAUUCUGUGAACCGGUUGAAAAUAACUUAAGGUACACAGACGGUUUUAUUGAUUAGAUAAUGCAUUGCUGUAUUACAACUGAAGUGCAAAUGAAGGCUAAAGUUGCCUAAAGUCCAAAUUGGCUUUUUUGGCCUACAUUUUGUAACUUACCUGUUGGCAAGUAAGCUUCUAAAUUGGUAAUUAGAAAAGUCCAUUUGUUUUACAGGAACUUUUCAUGAGCAUAUUAUUAAAAAAAAAAAAAUGCAUUGGCAUUUAACCAUUUUUAUGUGAGAUCGGAAAAGGUGAGCAUCUUUAAUAUUUGGGCUUUCUGGCCGUAAGAUGUAAAUUUUGACCUUGCCUUUAAUUAGUCCUGUGUGAUUGGAUGGUAGAUGUGAUGCCAAAGAUGGAGCAUGAACAACCAUAAACUCUGUUCAAGUUAAGAGGGAAUAUACAUAACAUCCAGUGUAGCAUAAUAUGGUGUGUAUAUAUAUAUAUAUUUUUAAGAACAAAUUAAAGGGACAAUUUCAAGUUUAACACUUCUUAUUUUUUUUUUCUCAGAAGCACAUUUUAUGACUGCUACUAUUGGCUUUAUUUUCUCUGUGACUUGUUUUUUUAUUUUAAUUUUUUAAAUAAUGACAAAAUUUGUACAUAAUUAUAAUACACUGUUGUAUAGAAAUGUUAAUUUAGUAAAUAAGUUAUUUCUUUACUUGGGGUAAGUUUGCCAAAUAUGUUCAUUACUUCAUUUAUCACACUAGUUCCAAUUAUUUCACUACAAAACUUGGCGAUUGCAAGGGCAAAUUCUAUGAAGCACCCUGGAAUACAACAGGUUAAUUUUGAGUCACAUCUCGAUUCUGACACUGAAGGAAAUGGAGGGAAUCGAUUUUUAUAGAACUAUACCAUGUAUGUAUUUGUAGAUACUAAAUUUAAACUCCAACGUUUCAGUGUAUCUCUCAUCGUGCAAGUGCCUGUUCACAAAAUAUUAGAUGUAUCCAACCAUUGUGUCCUUUAAAUUUACAUCUACUUGUGAUUGUGCAUUUCUUAUUUAUCUUCCCACCAUAAAACAUUUCUAAUCAAUUCUCUUCUGCCAAUCUCGUAGUCCGAAUUUGAUUUGUUUACUUGAUUGGAAAGUGAAUCUAGUCAGGCUAGGUCCAUGUUGGACAACUUGUCCAUAAACUGCACUUUAUACAUACGGACCAAAGUGCUAAAUGAUGAACCUUCGGGGGAAAGAUUCCAUUGGAUUGGUUUGGUUUUCAUGGUGAUUGUUCAACAUUUAGCAAUUUGCAAAAAAAUUAUAAUUAUCUUUUAUACAAAACACUAAACGACUCCAUAAAUGUAUGGAUUCUAAGUGGCUAAAGCAUUAAAACCUGACCUAAUGAUUGCCAACAUAACUCUGCAAUAUAUACAGCACAAGCUUAUUUUUAUGAGGGAUUCCCUCUAAAUGGUUUUGCUAAAUUGGGUAUUUCUGUUGUUUUGUUGAGAUAUUUUUCAUAGCGAGAUACAUGUUAAUGCACGCAGCAAUAUAUUUAUUUCCAAUUACCUUGUAUAUGAAAUUAUGAUAUUCAGAAUGUCUUGCAGCGGCUGAAGAGACACUUUUAAUUCUUUUCCAGGAAAGUAAAUAUUUCCGUGCUACAUAUAUGCAAAUAUUUAUUUUGCAUUUUAUAAUUAUUAUUCAUUUUUUUUUUUUUUUUAUAAUAACAAUGACAUAAGAAUAAUGCUGAAACUUGGUAGGGUAUUUGUGCUUUGGGAAUGGUUUCUUGAGGAAAUCUAACCAAGUUCACAUUCUUACCAUAUUCUCUAGGCCCACACUUAGCCUCGAGCAGGGGUGCCCAAAAGGUAGAUCCCCAGAUAUUGUAGAACUACAACUCCCAUGAUGCUUUGCAUGCCUUUAGAAUGGCAAAGCCUCAUGAAAAGCUGCAGUUUUAAAACAUCUGGGGAUCUACCUUUUUGGCAACCCUGCUCUAGGCUAUUCAAGUGUGGCAUAGAUAUGUCAUUUUCAUUCACCUCAUAUUUUAUCAUCAUUUCCAGUCUCUACAACUGUCCAUUUCUUGUUCAUUGGACUCUCUACUAAUCAUAAGUAGGAUGGGGAAAUGGUUCAUCAAAUAUAUAUACACAUAUAUGCUUUCCCUAUUCAGACCAUGCAUAGACUGUCCAAUGCUGCACCCCCUCCACCCGCAAAAAAAAUCACUGUCUCGUAGAUAAACCCUCAAUGAAAAUAUGCGUGCAUUUUUUCAUUGGUGGUAUGUCCAACUAAAACAGCUGGCAAACGCUUUAGAUCUUGACUCCAGCCUUCCCCAGUCCAGACUUUCGGUGGCUGUCCAAUCAGAGACUUCAGAACGCCAUCAGAAGUCUUUGUAAGGCAGUUGCUCUGGGCAAUUGCUGCCUCUUGAGUUUAGCUCCACUGAGAGAAAGAAAUAACAGGACUGGUUGCUUGACAGCCAAGAGGAUGCAACGAGGUGAAUUUAGAAAAGUGCCAAUUUCCUUUAAAAUCUGCAUGGUUUGCAAAAUGGAAAAAGAGGACACGCAUAAAGCACUUAAGCAAGCUGAAGUGCAUGAGUAGUCUGGAGUGUCCCUUUAACUUUUGAUCCAUCAAUGAAGUGGACAUAAAUUUUUCUCCUACAGCAAUAUCAGUGACACCUGAUCAGUUUUUUUUUUUUUUUCUUCAUAAUGCGAACUUACAUUGUGUUUCAGGUGAUUACUUUCUAUUUCAUUAUGGGCAUAACAUAACCGUAUUGGAAAAAUUAGACUAAUGCAUAUAUUUUACAAGUACUGUGCACAAUAAAGUAUUAGACACAAAGCUACAGAUUAAUUAGGCCUUCCAUAUUCAUCACUGAUCGUGCAUUAACAGCUUCUCGCUAUGAUAAAUGGAAUCUAUAUUUUACUGCACUGCCUUGUGUGUGUGUUUAAUUUUAUUUAUACAACCGCACACACAAGGUGGCAAGUGCAGUAAAACACAAUUUCACAUGUAAAAUGCAAACCAACAAUGUUUUAGAUAUUAUGUCCCUUAUUUAAUUUUGCAAGUUCCUCCAUACUUUUGAAAUACAUUUCAUUACCAUGUAUGUAUUAUAAACUGGAAACUGAUGUCCCAAGAUAAUGUAAUUUUUUUAUUUCCUCAAAUAAAUCCAAUUACCUAG